AUGGCGAAUGGAACGGCGGAUACUAUGUUGAAUGCUAUGUCGACGCGAGGGGAGUCGACAGAGGGGAGCGUGGGCGGGAUGUGUGUCGUCUUCACGGUCCGCUACCAGCGCCAUGAAACUCUCCACACCAGGGCGCAGCUGGCAGGAGCAUGUUCCUUCUUCUUGUACGAGGCGCACAUGCACGCCGUCGCCGACGAAAUUGCAUCACGACAGGCCCGCUCCCUCGUUCCCCGGGGCCGUGACCAAAGCGCCCUGGCCUUGGGUCCAAAGACAAACGACGCCUCACUGUGCGCGAGCCUGCAUAACCCGACCCGACGUCCCUGCCUGCGCCUGUGCCUGUCACAAACGAGGUCAGUCCCUGAAACACGCUCAGCCAUAGUCAGCCCUCCGCUGUCCAGCACGCGACGCGCCAAUGCCAACGACAAUGUCCAGCAUCACCCUUUCUGCACCUCCAUCACGCCCCCUCUGCAAACACCUCGACGCCUUGACCUGACUGCACCGCACUGCAUAAUCUUCGCAUCGCACCCACUCUCGGCCAUUUCAUGCCCCUUUUCCCCACACAACCCUGACCCUCAUGACGACAUGCCAUCAUCUGUGCACCGCGCAAUCCCUCCAAGAACACAACUCGUGGCAUGGUCAUGCAUCCCAACUACACGCCAAGAUAAAUUCUGCAUGUCACUAGCUAUGGCGCUCAAGAUUACUCUGCACAACUGA